AUGGGUUCAUGCAAUGGCUAACCUAAAAGAAUGGUUAAUUCUAAAAGAGAAAGUCUAACUACUUUUCAUAAGAUUUAAGAAGCUUCUACAAUAAAAUCGAACAAAAGUUUAGUGAAAUAAAGAACAGAUUUUAAGGUUGCUCCAAGCAUAUUUGUGUCCUUAAAGAGUGGAGAUAUUUGUCAAUACUAUGAAAUAGAAUCUACUUUAGGUGAAGGUAAUAAGAUAAUUUAUAUAAAUCAAGGAACUUUUGGAAGAGUUAGUUUGGUUAAGUAAAAAUCGACGAAUAUUUUUCGUGCAAUGAAACAAAUAGCUAAAGACAAAAUCUUAGCAUGUCAAAGAGAAAAGAUGAUUCAAGAAGUCAAUAUUCUUAAAGAUCUUGAUCAUCCAAAUAUAGUGAAUAUAUAUGAGCUUUACUAAGAUGAACGCUAUUAUUACUUGAUAACUGAGUAAAUAGAGAUAAUUAAUUAAGAUAUUUAAGUGGAGGAGAGUUGUUCGAUAAAAUCUAAUAACGGAACAAUCUAAAUGAGAGUAUGGCUGCUAAUUAUAUGAAAUAAAUAUUAAAUGCUGUGAAUUAUUGUCAUUAAAGAAACUUAGUUCAUAGGUAUAUAAUAAAAUAAAUAUUUAGGGAUUUGAAACCAGAAAACAUACUAUUUGAUUAAAGAGGAUCUGAAUAAAUAAUUAAAAUAAUUGAUUUUGGAACUGCUAAAUAAAUACUUUCUAAUACUUAAUUGAAAUAAAAAACUGGAACACCUUAUUUUAUAGCACCUGAAGUUAUUGAUUAAAAUUAUAAUAAUAAAUGUGAUAUAUGGUCAUGUGGUGUAAUAUUAUAUAUAAUGAUGUGUGGAAAGCCUCCAUUUAAAGGAAAUAAUGUGGAUGAAUUAUAUAGAAAUAUAAAAAAUGGGUAUGUAGAUUUUACUGGUAAUUUAUAAUAUAAAAUAAUAAAUAGGUUCUGAAUGGUAUGAUGUUUCUUAGGAUGCUAAAUCUUUUAUAUCAAAACUCUUAGUUGUAGAUCCUGUUAAGAGAAUGUCAGCAGAAUAGGCAUUAAAGGAUAAUUGGAUUGUGAGUAAUAAAAGAAUAGAAAAAAUUAAUACAAGAAAUCUAGAAAAUCUUUCUUAAUUUCAUGUUUUUUGAUUUAUUUUAUCUUUUGUAGAAUAGCAGUAAAUUAGGUUCAGCAAUUUUAUAAUUGAUAACAACUUAAAUAAUGACUUCGAAGGAGAAAAAAGAAUUAAUAAAAGGAUUUAGUGCUAUAGACAAAAAUGGUGAUGGUUUAUUAAGUAAGGAUGAAUUAAUAUAAUGUAAAAAUGUAAUUUAUUUUAGGUUAUAUGGAAAUGUAUUAAGAUGAAAUAAAAUGCCAUUAAAUAGUUAAUAAGAUUUUUAAGUAUUCUGAUGUUGAUUGUUCAGGAACAAUUGAAUAUACAGGUAAAGAUAGUUAAAUAUUAAUAAGAGUUUAUUGUAGCAUAUUCAGAGUUAUAAAAUUUAAUGGCUUAAGAGAAACUUGAAAAAGCUUUUAAAUUAUUUGAUAAAGAUGGAAAUGGAACUAUAAGUAAAGGAGAACUUUAAGAGAUAUUUGGAGGAUUAGCUUUAAAUGAAAAUUAGUGGGAUAAUGUUUUUUCUGAAUUAGACACUAAUGGAGAUGGAGUUGUGACAUUCUAAGAGUUCACUUAAUUAUUGAUGAAAGAUAACAAUAAAUGA